CGUUCUUAUCCCAUGACAACUUAUUUUGCAUAAGAACCUUUGGUGAGGGAACUCCACUUGUCAAAGGCUUUCUGAAAGCCCAAGCACACUCUAGCCACUGGAUCCACUUUAAAGUCCACUUUACAGUAUGAUUGUUCAGACAGCUGGAAAGUGCAUAUUGUUUACUUCGCACCCUGGAGAAUGAGAUCCUGCCAGGUGCUGAAGGCUCUGAGCUCUGUACUGGGUUCUCACAGACACAGCUCCUGUGUAACAUGCACAGAACCAUCCAAAAGGGAAGAACAUUUACAAACAAGUGCAAUCUCGACAGCCCAACCCCCAGCAUCCUCUCUCUGCUUCAGAGGAUAUCAGGCAAUCAUUAGCAGAGGAAGUGAUUCAGUGAAAGGGAACCUCUCGUGCGUACGCUCUCACGCAGCUGCACCUUGACAGUGUGUGGGCUGGGCUCUGUUAACACAAGCUUCAGCAGGGGCUCGCAUAUACAAGCUGCACAGUCCUCUGAGGUCUGGUGCUUCCCCCAGUAUUCGACGAGAGUUCUUUUAAAGAGUCUCCUGGGACUCUUUUCCAUCUAAAAGAAUCAUCCCAGGCCGUUGCCGCUGCCACCAGGCUGAAUUGGCAAGAGAUGUCCACCUACAAGCGGGCGACGCUGGAUGAGGAAGAUCUGAUGGACUCAAUCGGGGAAGGGGAAGUUUACCCUAAUGGAAUCCAGGUAAAUUUCCGUGGCUCUGGGAACAGCAGGAGUUGCUGGACAGAACGCACUCACAUUGAGAAGCGUCUCCUGGUCCUGAUCGUGGUUCUAGCACUCAGCCUCUUGGCCUGUGUCUUAGCCCUGGGAUUCCAGUACAGAGAUAGGCCGUCCAAGUCAUGUCUGACGGAAGCCUGCAUCUCCGUGACCAGCUCCAUCCUGAGCUCUUUGGACCGGACAGUGAGCCCCUGCGAGGAUUUCUUCAAAUAUGCCUGUGGUGGGUGGAUGAAGGGAAACCCCGUGCCCGAUGGCCACUCGCGCUGGGGCACCUUCAACAACCUCUGGGAGCACAACCAGGCCAUCAUGAAGCACCUUCUAGAAAACACCACAUCAAACAUGUCCAGCGAGGCCGAGCGCAAGGCCCAGCGCUAUUACCAGUCCUGCAUGAACGAGACCAAGAUCGAGGAGCUGAAGGCCAAACCACUGAUGGAGCUGAUUGAGAAGCUUGGUGGCUGGAAUAUCACGGGCCCCUGGGACAAAGAUAACUUCAACGAGACCCUGCAGGAGGUCACGGCACACUACCACACCUCACCCUUCUUCUCCAUCUACGUGAGUGCUGACUCCAAGAACUCCAACAGCAACGUCAUCCAGGUAGACCAGUCAGGACUCGGGUUACCUUCCAGAGAUUAUUACCUGAACAAAACGGAGAACGAGAAGGUACUUACUGGGUACCUGAAUUACAUGGUGCAGCUGGGCAUGCUCCUGGGAGGGGCAGAUGAGGAGGCCACCCGGCAGCAGAUGCAGCAGAUCUUGGACUUUGAGACAGCACUAGCCAACAUCACCAUCCCUCAGGAGAAGCGUAGGGAUGAGGAAGUGAUCUACCACAGAGUGACAGCCGGAGAGCUCAAGAACCUGGCGCCAGCUAUCAAUUGGAUGCCUUUCCUCACCACUGUGUUCUACCCGGUGGAACUCAAUGAAUCCGAGCCAGUGGUGGUCUAUGCCAAAGAGUACUUGGAGCAGGUCUCCAGCCUCAUCCAAGCCACGGACAGAUGCCUUCUGAACAGCUACAUGAUCUGGAACCUGGUGAGAAAAACCAGCUCCUUCCUGGACCAGCGUUUCCAGGAUGCAGAGGAGAAGUUCAUGGAAGUCAUGUAUGGGACCAAGAAGACCUGUCUGCCACGCUGGAAGUUCUGCGUCAGCGACACAGACAACAGCCUGGGCUUUGCGCUGGGAGCCAUGUUUGUUAAAGCCACGUUUGCAGAGGACAGCAAGAAAAUAGCCGAGGAAAUGAUUACAGAGAUUAAAACUGCCUUUGAGGAAAGCCUGGCUACUCUGCAGUGGAUGGAUGAAGAGACGAGGAAAUCUGCCAAGGAGAAGGCAGAUGCAAUCUAUGACAUGAUUGGCUACCCCAAGUUUAUCCUGGAUCCCAAGGAGCUGGACAAGGUGUUCCAUGAUUAUGAAGCUGUCUCCAGUCUCUACUUCGAGAACGUCAUGCAAUUUUAUAACUUCUCUGCCCAAGUGGCCGCUGACCAACUACGGAAACCUCCAAAUCGGGACCAGUGGAGUAUGACCCCUCCAACAGUGAACGCCUACUACUCCCCCACCAAGAAUGAGAUUGUGUUCCCAGCCGGGAUCCUGCAGGCUCCUUUCUACACCCGCACCUCCCCCAAGGCACUGAACUUUGGUGGCAUUGGCGUCGUUGUGGGCCACGAGCUGACUCAUGCCUUUGAUGACCAAGGGCGGGAGUAUGAUAAAGAUGGAAAUCUGCGGCCUUGGUGGAAGAACUCCUCUGUGGAGGCCUUCAAGCAGCAGACUGAGUGCAUGGUGGAACAGUACAGCAGCUACACUGUGAACGGCGAGGCAGUGAAUGGCAAACACACGCUGGGAGAGAACAUUGCUGACAAUGGGGGCCUCAAAGCUGCGUAUCGGGCUUAUCAAAAUUGGGUGAAGAAGAAUGGGAAUGAGGAGGCUUUGCCAACACUUGGCCUCUCCAACAACCAGCUCUUCUUUGUGGGAUUCGCCCAGGUCUGGUGUUCGGUUCGCACCCCGGAGAGCUCCCACGAAGGACUCAUCACUGACCCCCACAGUCCAUCACGUUUCCGCGUCAUUGGUACCAUCUCCAACUCCAAAGAGUUCUCUGAGCACUUCCACUGUCCUCCCGGCUCCCCUAUGAACCCCCAGAAGAAGUGUGAAGUAUGGUGAAAAGAAAAGGACCAGGAAAUAGUGGAAACCAACUUUUGGUUUAUUGUUCCUUCAUCAAGAAUUGAAUUUCCCAGGCUUUCUGCUCAAAGGGCAGUUUCUUCUUUCAACGAACUGUCAAACUCUCAGCAGGAAUGGAUCCCUGAGCUCUAGGUAUCAUCUGCGAUUCUAUCUACUGUGAAAACCUUUCUUAAUCUCACUCACUUGUGAAAUGUCUUUUUUUUUUAAAACCUUGCAUAGGGUGUGUGUAUAUAUGCAUGUGUCUGUAUGCCUUGACCCAUAUUUACACAUACACAGUUAAGCCCCUGUCCUGUCACAGGCUUGAAGACUUUUUCUAAUUGAUAAAGGGAGACCCACUGAUGAAAGUGAUAACUGGUUUGACUGUGUAUCGAAAUAUGUCCAACAUACGCUAAUCUCUCCAGAGACACAUGUGCAUAUAUAUAUAUAUAUAUAUAUAUAUACAUAUAUAUAUAUGUGUGUGUGUGUGUAAAAUAUUUUAAAAUAUAUUUUUGGGAAAAUAUUUUUGAACAUUAUGAAAUACACUGGAAAAGUUCAGGGAAAAUGCAUUUAAAAGCCUUUUUUUCUUAAGCAAAAGGAUUAGUAUAUUUAUUACUUUUUUUAAAAAGUAGUGCAACUAGAUAUGAGAAUUUCAGCAGAGACCAUUCCACUGAAACACAGGAGACCGAAGGGUGUCACUGAGGCAACAAAUUAACUUUGCAGCCCUGGAGACCAGGAUUCUUAUUGAACCCCUGGGGUCGCUAACAAGAUUGAAGAACUGCCCUUCUAGUCCGUUGUGGACACUGGUCCAGUGCACAGUUGGAAGAGUCUGUUCAGAGCCAGGACGGCAAUAGCCAGCUGUAGCUAGCUGGAAUUGAGCAGCAGUGGAAGACGGUGAGGGUAAGUGCCAUGAAAGAGGUGCAUGCACUUAUCGUUGGGUGACAGGCCCUGAACAUAUCUCUAGAGCUUUAUUUGCAGGCAAAUUCUUGCAGGUCUUGGAAGCAAUAUUAAGCUCUGCUGAUGUACAAGGUCCAUUACAAAAAGUCUCUCAGAACAGGAAACCAAAGAGAGAUUCAUUCAUUCUAUAAACUUUCCAUCUGUCUUGAGUUGGUGACAAGGUGUUUCCUCUCUCUUCUCCUGCCCCCUGCAGCAAGCUAAGAGCAGCACGCUGUGACUUGGAUACACUGGGAUCCCAACCACCACCUAACUUGUCUCCAGGCAGCUGUACUUGGGUAUAGUAAAAGCUGCAUUGUAACUUUAAACCUUCUUGGGCCAUCUUUAACUUCUGGAUACAAAGGGAGAGGAAGGCAGCCGGCUGCACUAGAUUAUUAAAUUAUGAGCUCUCUCUUUGUCUUACUGCUUUAGAACAGCCCAAGCAUAGACCAACCUUCUGCAUGUCAUCAUUAUUACUGCUGAAACCCGCCUUGCACAGUGUAGCUUUGGUCAGGUACAGAUGUAAGUCUCCUUGGGUUUUGCUGUUUGGCUGGCAGGCUGGGGAAACGGCUCUGUUCAGACAGCUCACGGUCCUAUGACAGCUGAGGCCUCUCUCCUGUGUAAACAGCUGGCCAGUUAUUUAACAAUACUGCUAGCAUCCCCUCUGAGCAGCUCCAUAAGGGCAUAGUUGUAACCACAGGACCCCAUGGUCCCUGGGCUGGUGGAGAUCAUGUGGAAUGUGGUGGUUCCUUGGGCAUUCCUCUACCAUCCCAGCCACAAAAUCCCCCCUCUCCCCCCGCAUCCCUCGACUGCCUGGUGGACUGCCAGUCUUACCUCUUCUGUGCACAGUGGCAAUCCAUAGGAAAAAAGGGUGGGAAUCAGUAACCUCAGAGAGGGGUGGAUGUUGGCUAUGCACCACCCUGGGUAGUGCCCAAUGACAAAUCCAGCCUAGAGCCCUUCCAGGGCCUUACAAAUGUUCAGUUUCAGCUGUGAAAGCAGCCUCCUCCCUCUGGACUGGCACAACAGCCUGAGUAUAUGCACGUUUGCUCCAGCAUGGAGUUCAGCCCACAUUUCCGGGCUCAGAGUCUGCACAAAUCCCAAUCUUGAAUGGGAAAAAGGGAAUCCAAAAAGCAUUAAACCUCCAAGAGCUAUGGAAGGAAGGUGAUGGGGGAGCUCUUGGUGCCAUGGCCCCCAGGGAAAACAGUUUGUUCAAGUCUCUCUGACUUACUUCAUCUCGCUCCCUUUCUUCUUAUUUCCAUCCAGUCCCAUUCAUUGCCGCUUCCUUGGAUUCUUCCAAGUUGAAAUGCCUCCUUUCCCAUAAGCAAGACGUUGGAAAGUAGCCAUUGGUGUGAGCACUGUGGAGCUGGAGUCCUCAAUUGAUUCUGAUACUGAGAAGGCUGGGUCACAGGUUGGCCUACUUACUGUGUUGCAGGUAUUAGCCAGGCUCGCCAUAGUCAUUGCUACAUGCAAGAGAACCCCAGUGCCCUGCAAGCUGGGAAAGGUUAAGCACAUUGUAGGACUGUAGAGGCUGGAUGUCUCUCAGCUGUCUGGGAGAUGGAAGAGCUAGUCCCCACCCCCUUCUAAAUGGAGAUCUGGCAGGGGCUGGAAGAGUCAUUCUGGAUGGGCAGAGGCACAGAUCUGAUGGUCUUGCUGGGGCAAGUGGGGCAGGUUUUCUUUCAAGUAUGCCUAAUGAGCCUAGAAGCCUGUGGCCUGAUAGUUAGAGGAACCAAGAACCCACCGUACCCAUUUCGUUCAGCAUGAGGGGCAGGUGCUUCACAGUGCUGAAAAUAGGCCAUGAGCGACCAAGAGUAGGCUUAGCUAUGAAGAGCCUCGUCUGCUCCUAGGCAAUGCAUUUGUCCAGAUUUCAGAUCAUGAAUGCAGAGUAACUCCUGCUGUGUUCCUGUCUCUUCCCUAAAAGCCAUGGCCUCGUUUCAGGCCCACCCCAUGGGCUUCUGUUAAAUUCCUGUCUGGCAGUCUCCUAGCCACAGGAUUGCCACAACACUACCUGCUCUCUGCAUGUGAGCCUGUGGGCUUGGGCACCGUGGCCAGAUAAGUUGUCCAGCAUUGCAUGUGGCUCUUCUGCAUUGCUAGGGGAAUUUUUUUCCAUGUCUGCCCCUUUCUUUCCUCACAGCUUCCAGUGCAGAGCAGGGAGGAUUUUCCGAAGCAAACUACUCAAGGUGAGCCCACGGAGCGGGGCUCAGUGCUGGGAGAGCUCUGUGGCUCACUAGGUGGCUUGAGGCCUUUCACACAGCAGAUUUGUUAGGCAGAGUCCUAGCAUCUCACCCAGUGCCAGCCUUGGGAUGAUUUCUUCUGCUGUCUGUCAUGUAACCCUGUGUGCUCCUCCCAGGCAGUCUAGUCUCACAGUUAAACCAAUCUGGGAUGGGUUACUGGAGUAUAGGAACCCGAUGAUCGCUUCAAGAUGUGCUGUCAACUCAAAGAGCUGAAAGGGAACAGGGAGGUCAGGACUGUGAGCUUUCAGAGCACAGCCUCCAUUUGAGCAAAGGAAGCCAGUCCCUUCAGUCUGUGCUUCCAAGACAUCAAGGGAGCUGGCCUGGAAAGAGCCUAUAGAGACUGUGGGCUGCUCAAUAUUCUCUCCUAGAUUUUAACAGGAAACUGCUGACAGUAACGGGUUCCAGUCUGUUUUCCUCCAGCAAGGGGCACCAUCUUACUUUAGACAAAGGGAAGGACUUUUAGGGAUUUUUACUAUUUAUAUGUUAAAGGAGGGAUUUUUUUGUAACUGUUUUUUCAACAUUCAUUGUGGCGCUUAUUGUAAUUGAAAUAAAAUACUUGUUAUUGGGUU